GUUGUGAUUUUGAAAGGUAUAAAUUUUUAAAUCUUUUGUUUUUUGACAGAAAUCGUUAAAAAAUGGACAAAGAAUCUGUAAAACGUAAUCAUAUAAUCAAUAUAUUGAGAAAUCUUCAUUUUGAAUUAUUCUUAAAAAAAUUUUCACCCAAAACUGUCAUAACAAGUCAAUCGUUCGAUAAACUCACUCCCACACAAUUCAGUCUAUUUUGUUAUUUUCUUUUUCAUCGACUAAAUCCGGAAUCAUGUCAUUUGCGUUUUCGUGGCGUAUUUCCAUCUCGUGAUAUUCAACAAGAAGCCGAAUUUCGACGUCUUGCCAUCGAAACUAUUAACGAUUUUGCUGAUCGAAAUCCAGAACCAUUAGUUAAAUUGAAAAAAAUUCCUCAUAUACAUUAUCAACGUCUAUCAGGAAUCGUUUUCGUUGAACAGAUGUUCAAUUUAUCUCUUUAUGUAUUGAUCAAUUAUACUUCUAAAUCAAAAUUUCAACCAGCAACCAAAGAGCUUUGCGUAUUGGAUUCCGUCGACAAACGAAAAAAAUUUGUUCAUCAGCAAUCUAUCGUACAAUAUCAGAAUGAUUUGAAACAAUCUGAACAACAAGUAGAGGCUUUUAUUAAAGAAUACGAGCAAAGAAUCGAGGAAUUGAACUCAAAUUUAUCUCAUCUACGACAAUAUGCUUGCAUUGAUAAAUUGCAAAAAAUUAAUGAAAAUUUGGCUAUAAAAUUAUCAAAAAUCACUGAUAACAUUCGUAAAAUGCUAUGUCGAUGGAACGAAAUUCUCUCAUCAAAUGAAAAUUUGCGAUCACAUAAUCAAGACCAAUCUAAUUUGAUUAAUCUUUCAACGAAUUUCAUUGUGAAACUAAAAGAAACAAUUAAAGAAUUUGAAUACUUUGUUCGAAAAGAUGAUGAUUCCAAAGCUAAAUGGUUAAAAACAUUUCAACACUUUAGCUUGCUCAAUGAAACUGUUUUGAAAGUCGAAUCAAAAUUACGUGAAAUCUCCGCACAAUUUGUUGAAAUUGAACAGGAGAAAAAUGAGAUUUUAUCUCAUGAAUUUGCAAAACAGCUACGCAAACGUAUCGAAAAUCAUCUGGAACCAUUGUUAAAUUUGGAUCUUCAGUUAAAAAUCGAUUAAAUCAAUGAAACCAUAAUUUUUUUCAAUAUAACAAAGUUUUAUUCGAUGAG